CCGGAUCUUCGUUUUCUUCUUCCUCUUCUUCCUCCUCCUCCUCUUUUUCAUCUCCCUCCUCUAUUUUAAAGGCAGGAUGUCAGUGGGUCAGGGCGGCAGGGCGAGGGAGCCGUUCAGGGCUGUGGAAGGAGACGAGAGGGAAGAGGUGUUGCUGAAGCACGACAUAUGGCAAUGGGUCGACCGGGGGCAGAAGAACGUUGGCAGGGCAAAUGGGUCAUGGAGGAUGCGGUGCAGGUUGUGCUCCAAGGAGCUUGAUGGGGCCGUCAAUCGGGCCGUCAACCAUUUCAUCCAACCAUCAGACGGCGCCCGGUGCAAGCAUGCCAAUGGGGAGAUCUUGUGCGCCAUUUACAAGGCAGAAGGAAAGAGCAAGAUCCCGCAGAAACUGUUUGGCAGACUGGAUGCCCACAUGCGGGAGCUUGGGUACCCGUCCUCAACACCGAUUGGAAUGGGCGUCGGCGAGGAUGGUUGUGAGGAGGAUCCUUCUGGGGAUGUCCCGUUAGAGGAGGGCAGCAGGCUUGAGCCAACACCUGCAGGAGAUGGUGCAGCAGCGGAUCUCCCACUGCGACCUCCACGCAGCAAUGCUUCCAGGCAACAGUCGUCGAUGACCAUCUACUUGGUCGAUGAGCUGCAGAGGGAGAUGAAUUACGAGGUUGCACAAUUCUUCUAUGAAAAUGCAAUUGCAUUCAAUGCAGCGCGCUCUGAUGCCUACAAAAAAAUUGAGAAGGUCGCGGGUGACGCAACCAGGGCAAAGAAAGUGUUGACGCUGCUGUCUUACGACUUAUUGAGGACUGACGAGCUGCAGGGAAGCUACAAGAAGACUGACACCGACAUGGAUGAGAUCAGAUCCACAUGGCCUAAAACUGGAUACACUCUCAUGACGGAUGGCACGACCACAACCAGCAACAGGCCGGUGAUCAACUUCCUUGCCGGAGGAGACAAGGGCGCAGUGAUGGUGAAGAGCAUGGAUAUGGAAGGGAAGGACAAGUCAGCACCGACCUUGGCUAAGAUGUGGGAGGGGGUGAUCAGGGAGUUGGGUGUGAAGAACAUCAACACAAUAUGCACCAACUCUGCACAGGUCAACAUCUCUGCUAGGAACAUCCUUGCAAAGCAUCCAGACCCUGAAAUACGACAGAUCCCCUGGCAGCGAGUGGGAUGCGGCCCCAUGGGAGAAAAGCAAGAUAGAACGGCACGUGCAUGCAGGGAGCUCGUGCACAGUGUGGAGUGGUGGAGGACAGUGGAUGAGGCUGUUAAAUUGCUGGAGCCGGCUUACAAGUUCAUGCGGACCAUUGACAGCAACGACCGAAUGGGUCCUCACAUAUGGAAUCUUGCCGUCUCUUUAAAAAACAGAAUGAAGAGUGCUCCUAUGGACGAUGACACCAGGAAGGUGGUGAUGCAGAAGGUGAAGCAGCACAUGGAGAUGAUGGCGCUUCCCGUGCAUGCAGCAACACACAUGCUGCACCCUGCGAGCCGUUCUGCUGAUCUGUUUGACAACCUGGAGGCCCCACUUAUACACAACACUUUAGCCCACAUUGCGACGAUUUAUCCAGCUGGGAUGCAAGCGUACAUAGAAUGUUGGGAUUCACUGUUGAGCUUCCACCAGCGGGACCCGGAGUGGACGGGUGAGAACUCAGAGGAAUACCUGUCCAGCAAGAGGAUCUCGAUGGCACAAUGGUGGAUGACUUAUGGUUACGUGAACACCGAGUGGCUCGACUGGGAGACUCCGGAGGAUGUGGCCCCACAUGACGGAUUUAUGCAGGAUGGGGAGUACGACCCGGAGGACAUGGCGAGACGGGCCGCAAAUUGGUCGAGAGCAGACAGUCGCUUAUCCAAGGCAACAAUGCUUUACGUUCAUCAUAUUCUAGAUGAGGUUGAGGAUGACGGAGCAUGGUUGGCUGCUCAGACUUACACACCUCCGCUCAAAGCGGACCGUGCCAGGGUGGUGGAGGAUGUUUCAGCGGAUUCGGACGAUGAGGAGGAGGAGGACGAGAUAGCUGAUUUGCCUCUUCAGUGUAGCAGGGUGAGGAUGACUGUGUCACGCAGGGAGCAGGGAGAUGACAAUUUGGUUGGUGGUGUUACCGCUACUCCUGCCACCCGGGUUGACGGAAGUGCAGUUGGUGGCGCACGUUCUUGUGUGACCACUUUUAUUGGUUAUCAUGCUUCUGCAGCCGUGGCUAUUGGUGGGAGAUCAGCAUUGCAACGUAGCACUUGUGUUGGUGGCACGGGUUCAGCUGCUGAUCAUGUUCAUGGGAGCACUGUAGUUGGUGGGAGUUCGACCGUGCACAACAGCAGUUUUGGGGUUGCUUGUAGUCUGGCAAUUGGAGGGAGUUCCAUAGUGGACGGUGGUGUUGCUGUUGGUGUGACCGUGAGUGAUACUGGUGCAGGUUACCCUGCGGACGCAGCGGAUGUGCCUGCAGGGAAGGCCAAUGCUGACCUUGAUGUCGACAUGAGUGACACUGGCGGAGAGUGUCGUGAGGACACCACCACCAUCCCACCUGCAACAGAUGUGUUCGCUUCACUUAUCAAUUUCAUAUCCUCUGAAGAUUACACAAUUUCACCAUUGAGUUCGCCCCUCCAAACGGACAGCGAGGACAGCAAUCCACCUCGGGAAAGAUUGAGCAAUGCUGGGAAGGCAGAGGCUUCUGAGGUUAAGCCUCAGAUCCCGCUUGAUCCUUUAGAGGUUGAACUGCAGGCCCAGGAGGAGAAACUCCGCCAGCAGGGCCAGGCAGUUGAGACUCUAAAGGCCGAGUUGAAAAAGAAAGAGGAAGCAACCCAAAAAGAGGCAAGGAAAAAGUUACUGAUUGCAGAUGUGGAGAAGAUCAGGACUAGUGGGAUUUCCAGCCAGUACAAUAAGGACAUGGCUGAAUUCAUCCUCCUACAGGAUGAUAUUCACUGUUCUUAUUUUACUAACUGGAGUGAUCGGAUCACCAAUCUGGAGAGCAGUCACUCAACUUUUUCUAAAAAGAUGGAUGACAUCUCUGCCAAACUGGAUCUGAUUUUCACUCACCUUAAGAUCCCUACCAUUUCUCCUGCUCCUCCCUCUCCUGGACCUUCGCAUGGGAAACCUGCAUCACCCCCACACUCCAGACCUACAUCUCCACCCCCUACACCCACAUCAAUAGCAGCUUCACAGCCCUCAGCACCAUUUGAGUUUCAGCGGCCUAAGCUGACACCGCCACCCAUGUUCUCAGGCGAGGACCCAAAGGUGGAUGUGGCAGAUUGGUUCGCUGCACAGAGAACCUACCUGAGUGGGUUCAAAUGUGAUGAGGAUGUGAAGGUGUCAGCCAUCCUUGCUCGCUUGGAGCGAUCAGCACUGAAAUGGUGCACCUCCACCUCCAACAAGCAAGGUAUGGAAAUGGCUGAUUGGGCGCAAAGGUUGGGGGUGGCUGGAUUUCUGCAGGCACUGCCGGAUCGGUUUGCAGACAAGGAGCAGGCCAGGAAGGCAGCAGAUAAAAUUCUGCGCCUGGGCCAGAAAAAGUUUGAUGGCUCCUUGUCCAAACUGUAUUCCACCUUUGAGAGUCUUACAUCGACUCCUGGGUUGGAGAUGAGUGAGCAGGAUCUGCUCAUUCAUUUCCUCAGAGCAGCGCCUGAGCAAUUCCAGCUUGCUCUAUUCUCUCACAGCCACAAGGAUCGGCGGUCCUUUGGCAGAGCAGCCCUGGACUUGGAGUCCGAACUCCAUGUCCAGGAAGCACCUUCUGAAGGAAGGGACCCUCCUCUAAAGGGCGAAGGAGGAGGAAGGGUGCCCUAUUUACUGUUGCAGCUUUUGGUUCAGAUAGGGUUGGCUCCUAAAGCAACGAAAGUUGCUGCAGUUCAGGAAUGGUCGCGACCUGCUAACAUUAGUGAUGUCCAGUCAUUCUUGGGGCUUGCAUCGUACUAUAGGAAGUUCAUUAAGAACUUCUCUUCUAUUGUAUCUCCCUUGACUGAUCUCACAAAGAAAGACACUUCCUUUCUUUGGACAUCGGAAUGUCAGGAGGCUUUUACACGUCUCAAGGAGGCCUUGAUUUGUGACCCUGUCUUGAAGCUACCUGACCCUACCCUGCCUUUUGUGUUGACUACUGAUACUAGCCAGUAUGGUGUAGGGGCAGUACUUCAGCAGGAUGAUGGGAAUGGUCUGCAGCCUAUCGAGUAUAUGAGCAAGAAGAUCAAGACCAAAAAGCUGCAGGACUCUACCUAUGAGAAAGAGCUUUAUGCUCUUGUGUCAGCGCUCAAGCAUUGGAAGCACUUUCUCCUGGGCAGACACUUCAAGAUCUUUUCAGAUCACUCCACUUUGCAGUGGAUGAAGCCCCAAGGAGAGUUGAAUGACAAGCUUGCUCGCUACAUUCAGUUCAUUGACAUGUUUGACUUUGAACUGAGACACAAGAAGGGCUACUACAAUCGAGUAGCAGAUGCCCUUUCUCGUAGGCCUGACGCUCUUUUCCUGAUCUCCUUCACUCACUCAUUUGGAGAGAGGACACGUCAGACCAUUGCCAUGUUGCUGCCCCAGGAUUAGAUCUUUGGGCCUAUCAUGAGAAAUCUCCAGGACGAUC